UAAAACACUCACCAGAAUUAUACACCUGCCAGUUUUUGGCUCUUCUCAGAGUCUGUUCACUUCCAAAACCCUCGCCGACUAACCCAAGAACACAUUUUUAUUAUAUUUUCGGCGUCAAAAGCCUUAACCCACCGAGCACAAACAUCAAGAAACACAAUGGAUGAAGAGGGUAUAGGCUUAGUUUUAGCCAGGGCGGCGGAGCUUAGGUUGAAGAUCAGUAAUUGCAUUCACAAAGCAACAACAGGGAAACAACAAGAAGGUGAUGUUGCUGUUGUUGUUAAUGGAGUUAAGAAAAACCCUGAUGAGAAAGUGGCUGAAGAAGAAGAAGAGGAUUAUGAUGAAGAAGCAGAGAAGCUCUUGAAUAUUCAACUUGCGCUUGAAUCUUUGGAGGCCCAGCUUAGUAAUUUGCAGAAUCUACAACUCCAGCAGCGUUAUGAUAGGGAAGUUGCACUUGGUGAAAUCGAGUUUAGCCGCAAGAUGUUGCUAGAGAAGCUCAAGGAGUACAAAGGGGAGGACUUGGAAGUUAUACAUGAAGCAUCUGCUUUUGCUGGUGAAACUGUAGAGCACAACAAUGAUCUCCUCCUUCCUCCAUAUCCUAGUCGUGUUCCUCGAUCAUUGAUCUUAGACAAUGGUUAUCUCUCACAAUCUAAUUACAAACCCAAGUCUGUGCUGAAUGGAGUGAUCACGGAUGAGCUAACUAGUGGAGCGAAGAAGAAUCUAAAUGAAUAUGAGAGAAACCAAAUGCAAAAUAGAUCCACAACUUCAAGGAAAGGGUUGGGACACUUUAUUAGUUCGGUGGCCAAGACGGUGAUUCCCCUGGCUGGUUUGGUAUAUGCAUUAAGCAUGUCCGGUUUUGCUCAAAAUCUUGGGAAGAAAGGUAUCCCUUUGAAGCUUUCGGGCAUCUUUCAACGGCCAUCAAAUGAAGAGAAGAAAUCAGUUGUUCAAUGUCCACCUGGGAAAGUCUUUGUGGUUGAGAAUGGCGAAGCUAGAUGCAUUGUGAAGGAGAGGGUUGAAAUCCCAUUUGAUUCAGUUGCUGCAAAGCCAGAUAUAAACUAUGGGAGUGGCUAAAUUGUUGUUCAUUCUCUAACAUGUGUAUAUCUCAUUUCUGAAUUUGGUGAAUGAAGUUUUUUCUCUUAACGGCCUA